CCAAUUGCCUAUUUUACCCUUUUUUCUUUGUUUUUUUAUAUCCCUCUUCCGGAGCUUAAAAUAUCUCGCUGGGAACACAAUUAAUCACAGACACGGUAGGGUAAGCCCUACCAUACCCGAGGAUGGCAACGAAGCCUACCAGCGUAUGGAACCGAGCCAAGUAUUUCUCCUCCCCCCCAAGUCUAUCUUUGAUUCGCACAAUGGGCUUUUCACACUGGCAGGAUGUGCCAGGGAAGAGAGGAGUACUGCAAGAGAGGGAAAAUAAUGAUAAUCCGUGUUCUCUCGAUGGAAGGCUUCACUCUUUCUUUCUCUUCCAAGAACCAAACGGACCCUUGCUAAGUUUAACAACCCCGCCUGCCUUCCGCUGCCAGCUGUCCGCAGGAAGCUUAACCCUAGGCCCCCACGACAACAGAGAUGCGCGGAAUAGGAGGGAGAGGUGGCAGGGAACCAUUAGUGAAGAGCAUCCCGGAGCAUGGCUUCUUGUCAUACUCCAGGACGCCAUGAUGAGAGAUUACUGGUCGGUUUCGCUCCACCAUGCCACCAAAAAGGUCUACUAACACUCCACCAACUCCCCUUCUCGCCCCAAAAGCCAUAACCAACGUUAAGCUUCGCUGUUUGCGCAUCGGACAAAAGUUGGUGGGAAGGCCAUGACAACAUUCAUUUCUUUUUCGCCUGGGGAAGCCUCUUGUGAAUCUUGUAUAAUAGCAUCCAUUUCCGGUCGAGCAUGACUGCGCUCUUGAAAUACCCCUUCUUUCCCCUCCCUUGGUCACUUUUGGGGAAGAAGAAAAAAAACUUGAAGUUGGGGCUUUCGGUUUUCGGUAUUCACUCAUCGAAUUCGGGCUCGCCUUUUUUUUCUUUUCUUUUUUCCUUUUCUCCCCCCAAUUCACCUUACCCUUUCGCUGGAGGUGGUUGCUCGUCGGUAUCGUGACAUUUUACCACCAGAGGAAAGAGGAAAAAAAAAGAAAAAAAAAGAAGCGAAAUCGGCAAUGGGGAAAGAUGCAUCAAGAGGAGCGAGUCCGUGGCCUAGAUACAACUGGAUCCUUAUCGCUUUGCAGCUGCUCUCCGCUGCGGUUGUCUUGGUCUGCCUUGGUUGGUAUGGCCUGAAGGAUAGAUCCGGAUUACCUUCGGACUUUAUGUGUUGGUUACCUGGCGUCGCAGUAUGUUUAUAUUUUUUUCAUCUUAAUUACAGAAUUUCAAAAUCAAAAUCAAGUUUUUAUAUGUAUCUUAUUUCCCCUUUUUUCCAGCAUCGUGGGAAAGUGUUCCUCACUUCCGCAUUCUUGAAAUGAUUUUGUUUGCACGAGUACUGAUCAGGGCUGAGGUGAUUUUUUCUUCUUCUAAUCUUAUAAAAACUUACAGGCAGGUUUCACAUUAUUAUAUGCGGUCCUCAGUCUUUCCUCCUCCUCGAGUAACCUGAGCGUGCACGAGGUCCUCAUUGGCGAUGCGAUAUCGCUCGGUCUCUGGAUAGCUGUGGUCUGCAGGAUGGCACUGCUCGUCGCGGGAACGGGCACUUUCGGCCGCUGCGCCGUCCUCCCCGAAGGAUCCGGGAGUGGGAGGAAUUCCUGCGCGGCUUCACAGAUUGUGCUAGCACUCGCCGUAGACUUGAGGUGGGGACCCCCUUGUUCCAAUUCCAGAAGAUCGCAUUGGGGUUACGAAGCAGGUUGAGAUGAGAGUUUGGGGAAAGAAAAGAAGGUGGGAGUAGAAGCGAACGGGAAAUUAUCAUGAAAAUCUCUCUCUCUCUGACAAAACCUACCCGUCGCCGUCUUAAUAGUGUCUUGUCCCUGACGAGGAUGAUCAUCGCCCUCUUCGUGCGCAGGAGAGCACCCGCCCCGUCGCGGCACCUCGACGAUGAUUGCGAAAAACUCUACGACGCGUCCGAAUGAGUUUUGUCUGAUCGACCCGUGUUUGGUCCGAGUGAGCGUGGGAAACGACAUCUAGAUCUUCCCCGCGGGUAGUCACCUACCGUACUGUUAUUAGCGGGUACCGGUAGCCGAGUCCUUUGCGGAACCGUCACCUCCCCCCCCCCCUUCCCUCCUCCCCCUCCCUGUGUGACGAUAAGGGUCCGCAAUCGGGAACUAUUUUUAUUUAUUUAUUCAUUCAUUUAUCAUGAUAAUCAUGGGCAAACGGUGGGAACGGAUCUGUCGUUGAUACAUCUAUAUCUACAUCAUCACGGGAGUUUUGUGCAUAAUCGGGAGAAAAUGGUCAAUUCAUUUUUUUUUCUUUUGAUUUUUUCCUUCUUCUUCUUCUUGCCCUUUUCUCUCCCUCUUUCUCUUUCUUCUAUCGUAUCAUACCCUGUAGUUUUUGUACAUAACUAUCUUUCACAAACUUGGUUCGCGAUUGGGUUGGGAGAACAUGGUGCGCCCCACUUACCGUAGCUGCGUAUGGAGGAGGAGGCCCGCACUUGAUGGAGGUAAGGGGGCGAGUGAGAGAGCUCAAGGCCAUCCUUGGCUUGUACAUCUCGGGUAUGCCCCAGGCGCC